UGCUUUUAUGCUUAGUCUGUCAACUCCGUUCCGAAAUCAAACAUCCGUCUAAAAAAUAAAUUAUUUUGCCAGUGUUAUGUCUUAAAGUGGUGUGUUAUAAGUUAAGUGGUGUUAUGUGCUAGCUGCUAAUGAUGGAGGGGCGGAGGUCUUGGGAUGGAGUGCCUCUGGGUGAGUCGCACUCUCCUCCACAGUCGGUGCCGGGUAGACGGACGCCGCUGGGGGCCGUCGGCCUCGGCGGCUUCUAUAUGCAAGGAGGCCAGCCUCCGCCUCCGCAGCACUGCUAUCCGACUGAUGAAAACCAACCAGAACCCGGCACGAGUUACGCUCAAAGACCCCUCGGCGAUGGUAAAUCGAAACAGAAAAUGCGUCAAGGCAAAAAUGUGAGAUUGAACAUCAAUGCAAGAGAACGACGAAGAAUGCACGAUCUGAAUGACGCAUUAGACGAACUACGAGGAGUGAUACCGUACGCACACUCGCCGUCCGUGAGGAAGUUGUCCAAAAUAGCUACCCUCCUGCUGGCUAAGAAUUAUAUUCUGAUGCAGGCGAGUGCCCUGGAGGAAUUGCGACGACUAGUUGCAUAUCUCCAAGGCACCGCUACAGCCGCUGGUAUCGUUCCACCGCCAGGAUUCGACCUAGCCGGCAUGCCAGCCACCGCCAAGCUUCUUCAGGGACCGCAACCGGGACCACCAACCGCGCCCGACCCUCCAUCUUGAGACCCACUCAUUAAAUGCGAACCACAGAUUUUAUAAAGUGUAUCCCUUAAAGUACAAUAGCAAUUCUCAUUAAAAGAUAAAAGUUUCGAUUUGUUCAUCUUAAUUUAGUAACCAUCUUCGUAAAUAUAUUUAAGGGGUUAGACACGUUUUUAAACUAAGGUUUGUAUUAAUCUACUAUUGUUAAGAGCAAAGUAUUUUUUAUUUGGAAAUAUGGCGUCAUUGUAUUAAUUCGUGACGUUUUUCAGUUCUAAAUGUUGUCAACAUUGAUAAGCGGCCAUGAUAAAAUAUUAAGUUUUAAAAGGAUGUUGUUAUAGUGACAAAACUUCACAUGCAAAAUUCUUAUACUUUGUAAUUGUGUUUAUCUUUCGUGAUAUUUCUAAAAUAAUUCAUUUUAAGUACGGUCCAUUAAACUCAAUCAGUAUUACAUAAUAACUUAUGAUAACACUACUAAAAUAAUCGCCCUAGCAUUAAUUGAAGUUUAGAUUUUAGAAUAUUUCGUCCGGAAGAGGCGACUGUGAAUGCACGUGCCAAAGUAGAUAGGAAAGGGUGUUUAGUAACGAAUACCGUAGAAUGUAAGCGAAUUUAUAGAAUUAUAGGAGUUUAUUUUAAUAAUAUUUGAGAAUUAGAUUCUUUUUGUUCGUUUUUUUUUUUGGGAAUUACUUUCAUUUAGGAAACUAUGUGGAAGCUUCAUUCUUAUUUCAUAAAUUUCUUAAUUUAAUUUAUUCGUUCCGUCUGUAAAUCUAUGAAGGUGAUCUCUUGUACUGAUAGCUGUACUCAUUGUUUAGCUUAAUUUUAUAGAAAUAGAACUAGGUUUAAGAGAAAAACUUCGGUUAUACGGUCUGGUGUAAACAAAAUAUUUACCCAAUCUUCAUUUACUAGUCGUCGGUGAUACUGACAAAGUAUAUAAUAUUUUUUGUAUUUGAUGUAAACACAUACGUUUUAUUAUAACUUUUUAAGUGUUCCUUACGCUAUUUCAAUCGUUAAGUCUCAAAUACUGAAUUAAUAUUUUGUUUUCUAAUCAACGAAAAUUUUUUUUAUAAAAACACAUGCGUUUUUUGUCUUCAUUUUAAAUACAAAAGCUUAUGUUAAAAAAAUUACUGCACAUUGAUGGAGAAUUAUUUAAAUAAUAUGUUCCUUUAGAAACCCGUGUAACAAUAGAUUGCCAAGAACUCUCAUACUUUUAUUUUAAUAAGUACAUUUAUAUAGAUUGUUUAUUAUUAAAGAUAUUAACCAAAGUAAAAUGUGA